AAAAAGGUGUCGUAUCCCUUUAAGUGCUCCCCGGUCUCUAGCGCUGUGUGAAUGGUCCUCGGUCUUCCCAUCGUUGCUCCGCUUGUUGUUUUCAUAGUCAUUCUGUCGGGUCAUGGCUGCCAAUUCCACUGAAGAACCGUUCCCCUUCCAUGGGUUGCUUCCCAAAAAAGAGACCGGUGCCGCGUCUUUCCUCACCCGACACCCAGAGUACGAUGGCCGGGGGGUCCUUAUCGCUAUCCUCGACACCGGCGUGGACCCGGGGGCCCCGGGCAUGCAGACCACAACGGACGGGAAGCCGAAGAUCGUGGACAUCAUCGACACGACAGGAAGCGGAGAUGUGAACAUGUCCACUGUGGUGGAGCCCAAGGACGGCACGGUGGUGGGGCUGUCUGGCAGGACGCUCAGUAUCCCGAGCACAUGGGUCAAUCCAUCAGGGAAAUAUCACAUCGGGGUCAAGAAUGGCUAUGAGUUUUUCCCUAAAGCUUUGAAGGAAAGAUUACAGAAGGAGCGUAAGGAGAAGAUAUGGGACCCUGCCCACAGAUCCGCACUGGCGGAAGUAUCCCGUAAGACAGAAGAAUUUGAAAGCGCACACCCCUCCCCCUCUCAGAUGGAGAAGCUGUGGAAGGAGGAGCUGCAGUGCCAGACGGAGCUGCUGGCGUCUCUGGAGAAGAAGUACAGUGACCCCGGGCCUGUGUACGACUGCGUGCUGUGGCACGACGGGGUCACCUGGAGGGCAGUGGUGGACACCUCCGAAUGUGGAGACCUGGCAUCCUGCACUGUGCUGAGUUCCUUCAGAGAGAGACAGGAGUAUGCGUCCCUUGGAAACUCCGAGAUGCUCAAUUAUUCUGUCAACAUCUAUGAUGAGGGCAAUACUCUGUGCAUUGUAACCAGUGGAGGUGCUCACGGGACACAUGUGGCCAGCAUCGCGGCAGGGUAUUUCCCCGAGGAGCCAGAGCGGAAUGGUGUUGCCCCUGGGGCACAGCUCCUCGUUAUUAAGAUCGGGGACACUCGGCUCAGCACCAUGGAGACGGGGACGGGCCUCAUUCGUGCGAUGAUAGAGGUUAUUAAUUACAAGUGUGACCUUGUGAACUACAGCUAUGGGGAAGCCACUCACUGGCCAAACUCAGGGAGGAUCUGCGAGGUGAUCAGUGAGGCAGUACAGAAACACAAUGUCAUAUACGUAUCAAGUGCGGGAAAUAAUGGUCCCUGCCUCUCCACCGUGGGCUGUCCCGGGGGAACCACCAGCAGCGUGAUAGGUGUGGGGGCCUACGUAACCCCUGACAUGAUGGUGGCGGAGUACUCCCUGAGAGAAAAGCUGCCAGCCAACCAGUACACCUGGUCGUCACGGGGCCCGAGCACAGAUGGGGCCCUGGGGGUCAGUAUCAGUGCCCCGGGUGGGGCCAUCGCCUCUGUGCCCAACUGGACCCUGCGCGGGACUCAGCUAAUGAAUGGCACCUCCAUGUCCUCCCCAAAUGCCUGUGGGGGCAUCGCUCUUGUGCUCUCAGGACUGAAACGUGAUGGCAUCCGCCCCACCAUUCACGCGGUUCGCCGGGCGCUGGAGAACACUGCGGUGAAAGUGGACGACAUUGAGGUGUUCGCUCAGGGGCACGGCAUCAUUCAGGUGGAUCGGGCGUAUGACUACCUCACGCAACAUGCCACGCUGCCCACCAGUAAUCUGGGCUUCGCCAUUACCGUGGGAACGCAGCGCGGCAUCUACCUCAGGGAUCCUGUCCACGUGUCUGCCCCCUCUGACCACGCUGUGGGCAUCGAGCCCAUCUUCCCCGAGAACACGGACAAUACGGAGCGCAUCUCUCUCCAGCUGCACCUGGCGCUCACCUGCAGCGCCCCCUGGGUGCACUGCCCCUCACACCUGGAGCUCAUGAACCAGUGUCGCCACGUCAACGUACGGGUGGACCCCCAGGGGCUGCGGGAGGGUCUGCACUAUACAGAGAUCUGUGGCUAUGAUAUUACAACUCCCAGCUCAGGCCCACUGUUCAGAGUUCCCAUUACAGUUAUAAUUCCCACAAAGGUCGUGGAGAGCUCCAGUCAGGAAGUCCCUUUUACAGGUGUUCAUUUCAGACCAGGACAGAUCCGACGCCACUUCAUCACUGUCCCUCAGGGAGCAUCCUGGGCAGAGAUCACGCUGACCUCCCACUCGGGCGACGUGUCCUCCAAGUUUGUCCUGCACGCCGUCCACCUGGUCAAGCAGCGGGCGUACCGAGCCAACGAGUUCUACAAAUUCUCCUCCCUGCUGGAGAGAGGCUCAUUGACCGAGGCCUUCCCUGUGCUGCCUGGACGAACGGUAGAGAUAUGCAUCGCUCGGUGGUGGGCGAGUCUGGGAGACGUAGUCAUUGACUACUCAGUCACCUUCCAUGGGCUGGCCAUCUCCCCUUCCCCCCUGCACAUUCAUGCAUCUGAAGGCAUCACAAGCUUUGAAGUGACAUCAGCACUGAAAUAUGAAGAGAUCUCACCAAACAUAACUCUUAAGAACUGGGUGCAGCCAUUAAGGCCCAUCAGUGCAAAGACAAAAGCCCUUGGUCUGCGGGAUGUCCUUCCCAAUAACCGUCAGCUGUAUGAGAUCGUCCUUACCUACACCUUCCACCAGCCUAAGAGUGGUGAGGUCACUCCCAGCUGCCCCCUGCUGUGCGAGCUGCUCUAUGAGGCUGAGUUCGACAGUCAGCUCUGGCUUCUGUUCGACCACAACAAAAGAUUGCUGGGGUCUGGGGAUGCCUACCCUCACCAGUACUCUCUGAAGCUGGAGAAGGGUGACUACACGCUGCGUCUGCAGGUGCGUCACGAGCAGGUGAGCGAGCUGGAGCGUCUGAAAGACCUACCGUUCAUCGUGUCUCACCGCCUGUCCUCCACGCUCAGCCUGGACAUCUAUGAGACGCACAAGAAUGCCCUGCUAGGCAAAAAGAAGGCCAACUCCCUGAUCCUGCCCCCAAAUUGCUCCCAGCCUUUUUACGUCACCUCCCUGCCCGAUGACAAAAUCCCCAAAGGGUCUUGUCCUGGCUGCUAUCUGACAGGAUCCCUGGUGGUGUCGAAGAGCGAAUUCGGGAAGAAAGCUGGGCAGGCCUCAGCAAAACGGCAAGGAAAGUUUAAAAAGGAUGUUGUGCCUAUCUUCUACCACUUGAUUCCUGCACCCAAUAAGCCCAAGAAUGGGGGGAAGGAGAAGGACAAGGAUGGAGAGAAGGAGAAAGAUGUUAAAGAGGAGUUUGCUGAUGCUCUGAGAGACCUCAAAAUUCAGUGGAUGACAAAGAUAGACACCAGUGCUCUGUAUGAUGAACUGAAAGAGAACUACUCCUCCCACCUGCCUCUGCAUGUAACACGGCUACACCAGCUAGACUCUGAGAAGGAAAGGCUCAAGCGCCUGGGUGAGAUUGUGGCAGCGGCAGACAUUGUGAUCUCUCACAUCGACCAGACUGCCCUUGCUGUAUACCUUUCCAUGAAGACUGACCCCCGGCCAGACGCGGCCACCAUAAAGAGUGAUAUGGAGAAGCAGAAGUCCUCCCUGCUGGAUGCUCUCUGCAGAAAGGGCAGCGCUCUGGCCGACCAGCUCCUCCAGCCGCCCCCGCAAGACGGGGCGAUCGCCAGUGAGGUGGGCAGCUCUGAUGACGACCCAGAGGGCGUGGCCAAGACUCUGACAGACACCUUCUGGGAGGUGCAGAAGUGGGCAGAGCUCACGGAUUCUAAGGUUUUAACAUUUUCUUACAAACAUGCAUUAGUCAAUAAAAUGCAUGGAAGGGCCCUGAAAUAUGCAUCCAAGGUUGUAGAAGACAAACCCAGCAAAGAGAACUGGAAAAACUGCCUCCAGCUGAUGAAGGCUCUGGGCUGGACACACUGCUCAUCCUUUGCUGAGAACUGGCUCCCGGUCAUGUACCCCACAGACUACACGCCCUUCUGAGUGGAGGAACCCCCCCCCAGGGCAAUGCAGUACACACACAGACAAGCAAACAAUGCAGCACAACACAGUACAAGUACUGCACAACACAGCGUCACACACACCUCAUUGAUCAAACACGACACAGCACAACACAUCAGUAACCCAAACCUCAGCCCAGGACAGCUCAAAGCAACACCAAAAAAAAAAA